GAGAGAUAGCCUAACCAUUCGGUAACAAAAUGGCGAGGUUUAACACCGACAUUGGACAAUUUGACUACCCAAACUCAGGUUUUAAUCAGCCUGAAGAACUUGGGUGUUUCUCAUUAAAUAUAAAAAGAGAAUUUCAAGAUGAUACAAGCCAGAGGAAAUAUUUCAUUAAACCUUCAAAUUAUAAUAAUGUUAAAUAUGAUUUGACAAAAGGAUAUCAAGGUAUGGUGAAAAGAGAUGAAUAUAAGACCGAACAACUCGACCACCUUCUGAAAUGGAUAAAUACACAUGAGCUGGGGAAUAUGCAAACCUACUUCAUAUGCGACAGGGGUUUGUUGAAAAGGUUACUUCAUACUCCGUACGUGAAAAAAGAAACCUGGAAGUUCGCCGUGACUCUUCACAAAGGAACUUACUAUUUCUGUGAAUACCACACCGACCAGAAACUGGCAUUUAUAAAACAAAUGACUGGAGGGAGGGACGAAGAGAUGUGUGCGUGGUGCUUCAAGUUUGAGCAGUAUCUCACCGCAAGUUCUACAGAUUCCGUACCAAAUCCAGACAUGCAAUAUAACAACUGUGAAGCUUUCUAUACUGUUGUGAAAUCCCAGGUCGGCAGCCACACACUAGUAUACUGUGGCGAGGUCGAUGCUGUACCUGUAAAUCCAGAUGGGUCUAAAGGGGAUCACUAUGUUGAGUUCAAAACUACCUCAUAUUCCGCAUUGCAGAGAGGCAAAUUCAAAAGGUUCAAGCUUCUUAAGUGGUGGACACAAAGUGUUCUUGCGGGUGUUCCCGAGAUUGUCUGUGGGAUCCGUGAUGCUGGAAUUGUUAGCAAGCUACAAACAUACAAAACGCAAGAUAUACCAAGAAUAGCCGGAGACAUCCCUAGUCCAUGGAAGCCCAAUGUUUGUUUCAACUUUCUGGACCAGCUCCUUACCUUCAUCAAAUCUAAUGUGACGGAAGAUAAUCCAAGGCUCGUUCACCUGCUGGAGUUUUCAGGCAGCGAUGCGACUUGUACCCGGCUUCCACUUGACUCCGAGUACGCUUUCCUGCACAGAUGGUAUACUCACUAGUCUUGAGUAUGUAGACGUUUGCCUGUCAUCAAGAUCAAACCUGUUUGAUGCAACGCUACUGAUUUUGAUCAGGGCAGCUGAACAAUUGUCACUAUUAACACCAUGUUACAGACUUUAUAAAAUAGAUAUGGCUUAAAGACAAUUAAUCAAGACUCCGUUCCUAUGGCGCAAGUCCCAUAUUACACCGUUCCUGUAUCUUCAGCCAAAUCCCCACGUCUCUUUUUUAUCAGAACUUAUUCAAACGGUUCUGUUUAUGUUUCAAAAGUGAACAAAACGUUACAUCAAUAUUUGUUUACCGUAGUUUAAACUUCAAAUAUUCACAAACAUUCAUUUCUGGACAUUUGGUAACUCGUUCUUCAAUCUUCCUUUGUAUGCUCUCUAUCAUCAAAGAAGCUAUCAAAUCAUGGUCCAAAAUGUCCCAGACAUUCAUUACCUCCUACUUCAUGACAUCAAUGGUAGUUAAGACUUUUUGGUUAUUAUUAUUAUUAUUCCUUAAUCCCCAGAUGUUCCCUGUUGUUAUUUGCUACGUUAUUUGUUACGUUAAUAGUCGUUUCAAUAAAAUUCUAUGUCCAUUUAGUCGUAAAUUGAUUUAUCUUAGUGUUAUAGUUGCAUAAUAUGUAAUACAUAAAUUUUGACUUAGUAGAAAAAAUUUAAGCAAAGUUUCAACAAAAAAAUAUGUCUGCUUAUAUUGGAGAGUUUAAACGUACGAUCGACAAAAUUCAUCGGUUUCCUAAUUUUACCACAUACAUCUGAUGCACUAACAUAUGGGCAAUAACAUUCAUUGAAAAUUUAAAAUAACUGACCACUCCUUGUCGACUUUCAAAAGUUGUGUUUACAAUGGUCACGUGAUUGAUACCGAUGUCACAAUAUCUGUGCUAAAUGCGCCACUCCAUUCUCCUGGAACUUCUUACGAUCGGCAUCUGUCAAGACCUUCUUAGACUUGUGUUCCUGUCUAUUUUUUCUAAAAUGACAAAAACAUGACAGUAGUUUAGGAAGUUAAACCUGCUCGUUUUUAUUCCAUCACUUUUAGUGCAUGCAAACAUCGUUGCAAUCAUUUUGACAAAUAGCGCUCAAUAUAUUCAAUUCAAGUUUUAACUAAGGGAGAUCACUCUAAAUGAAAAUUGAAGAGUUUGCUGCUCUUGCAUUGAUUGAUAAUUAAUUUGGCUUGCUAAAUCUGUCCCAUUACUAAAGUUGAUUCAUUUUGGGUCGAACUAUAUACUUCCCUUUAUCUCCACCAAUGCAUUUUGGCCAACAAUUAUAUAACGGACAUUAUGAAAGCUGUCAUCAGCGACGUAAGAUUUAAACUUUACAUUCUAUUACAAACUUAUGGAACAUGUUUUUUUUUCGUGAAGCGGUAUACAUUCUAGGAGCUAUAAUUACUCGAACUAGUUUCGUUAUGUAAAACACGCCCAAUUGGGUUAUUUGUGUUUGGAUUUGUCACCUUGUUUAGUGUAACAGAUGGUUUUAUCUGUUCAUAUUACUAUGCAUGCGUUUGAUUUGAUGCGUUUUAUUUAUGCAGGUAGAUUUUAUUUGUAUAACAUUAUUCAACACGUGGAUAUAUAUAUUUAAUUGUAAUAUAUUAUUUAAAACAACUUUGUCCAAUUAAAAGUUGCUAUCAAUUUGGCUUUGUGUUAUUAUAUUGCUUUGAAUUAAUGACAUCAAUAUUUAUGUAUAAUACUGAGAUCUGGACACAUUGGAUUGGCCUUACAAAUCCCGUUUAUAUAUUUUUGAAU